AUGCAUUCUUUUAAGUUCUCUCAGAACGAUGUGGCAGCGGAUUGUUGUUUAACCACCAGCGACCGGCGCAUCCCACAGAAGGUGGUGACGUCCUUCAACAUUCAGACCAGUGAUGGAGUCUGCAGAAUUCCUGCCACUAUAUUUGUCACAAAGAAGGGCUUGAAGCUCUGCGCACCAUUUCCAAGCGAGAAUAACUGGGUGAGCAAACUGAUCGACUACAUACUAGCAGGACCUGUAAAAAACCCCAGAAAACAUAGAGGUAUGUGUUUUUCUGUUUGCACAACAUAA